UCAUCAGGAAAAGCCUUAAUACUCUCUCUUCUCUUAACUUGUGUUGCUUAAUUUGCAUCAAUUUCUUUGGUUGAAGUUUCUGUUUCUUAACAAUGGCAAAGAAUGUGGUCCUUGAGAGAUCUAGCUUGGCUGCACUUGACCAGAAGCUGGCCAUGGCAAAGAAGUAUUCUCAUGAGGGCGUAAUUGCUGGAGCCAAAGCAGCUGUUGUUGCAAGCAUUGCUGCAGCCAUUCCAACACUGGCUAGUGUAAGGAUGCUGCCUUGGGCCAGAGCCAAUCUGAAUCCCACUGCUCAAGCUCUCAUUAUCUCCACAGCAGCCGGGGCUGCAUAUUUCAUUGUUGCGGACAAGACUGUUUUGGCCACUGCAAGGAAGAACUCUUUCAAGCAUCUUUCUAAUAUUGAAGCAUGACUUAAUCUAUCUAAUAUUGAGGCAGGAAUUUGGUCGAUUGCUUAUAUGGAUACCGAUUUGCUUCUAGUUUAUAUAAUCCGUGUGUUAUAUAAGGAGCUAUUUAGAAUGUAAUCCAUCAUCUUAUAUAAAUAUAUACAUAAAGAUGGGUGUUUUUC